CAUGGUGUGAAACGAAAUGAUGGCUGCUACGCCGCGCCCGCUCGGGCUCUAGAGAACGCCGGGCAGCCUUUUUCGAUCAGUACUCACGCCGCGCCGUCGCGCUGCGCCGUGGCGAGCGGCCGGGGCAGCCGCAAGCUCUGCUGCCAUGCGCCUGGCGCUGGCAGUCGUGCUCGUCGCGUGCGCCAGCGCCGACGAGGCGGCCCGUAGAGCUCGCUGGCGCAUGCAGCAACGACGGGGUAGGGAGCGCAUGGAACAACUGAUGCGAACGAAGCCGUACUUGUUUACGAAGAAACCGACGCCCCGGCCCUCCCUGAAGCCGACGCCCGCCCCAAGCACCGCGAAACCCACGAAAUACCCAACGCCCGCGCCGACGCCCAAACCGGACCCGACGCGCAAGCCUACGCCGAAGCCUUCGUCGGAACCAACCUUGGUGCCGUCCACAUCAGUACCGUCCUUCGCGCCUACAAAUGUACCGGUACCGGCACCCACGUCCCGACACGAACGUGCGAUGCGACUCGCGGACCAAGAACCGGCAAACCAGUGCCGCUCGGAGUUAUGGAACGCCUUGACGGAAUCGCGCACGAGAAACGCGUGCUACGCGGGCAAUUGGCACUACUACAAUAGGUUUGGCACUAGACGAGCGACCCAAUCCAUCUCCGAGUAUAGGAAUGCGCGCUUCACGGCCUCCAAAUACGACGCUGUAUCCUUGCCGGUCGACGUAAGACGACUGGCCCAGGACGCCCCGGUCUUCGAGAAGCACGCGGCCUGCAAUCCGGGACUAGCUAGACUGCCGAAACGGCUCAUGAACGCGCUACAGAAGAAGGGCGGUAUCUGGUCAAAGGCUACGUAUGUGCUCACUGUGAGGCAUUCGUAUGCGCAAUGCUCUAUCUUGGGAUGGGAAGAUACGCAAAGAAGAGACUCUGGUGAUAAUUUAGGAAGACACUCGUCCGUGUUGAUAUUGGAUGAUCAAUUAUGUACCAUACAAACAGCCAGGUGGGCGAAAACCGGAGACGCCGAGCAAUGGGGCGAGGACGUGCGGCUCAUGACCCAUAGAGGUAGAUUGGUGGCCACUGUAGUACUCACACCAAAGUUCGAAGACAGAGAUAUUAUACCGCAGAAGUUCGGGGUCUACGAACUCGUGCUAGGUGUGUCAGGGAAUGAACUGGUCGCGGCGUUCGAGCGGGCGCCGCCCUUAUUUUUCUCCGAGAAGCAUCUAGUAGUAGAAUCAAGGUUGAGGAAUGUCGGAUUGGUCGUACGCCACAAGAAGCUCGAGUUUUUGGCUUAUCUAGGAAAGUCAAAACUAAUUCUCAGAGAAAGCCUGCGGGAGGCCACGGCUCAUUCAGCCUGUAAGCCGCCCUGGACGAAGUGCGGCGAAGUCACGGGCAAGAAAACGAAACAACUCGCUGCGGGCAGGUACCACUGGCUCCACAACAACGUCAAUCCGUUACUACUGAGAAGGCACGGCUUGCUGCUAGCUGUUGGACACGACCGACCCUUCAAGAGUAGAUGGAUCACGCACGACGAACUCCCGGUCAACGGGUAUAAGAACAUCACCAAAACCACGUCCUGGAACACCUAUUUACAUUAUUUUAUCUUGUACAAUGCCACUACUCUGGACCAUGUCGCUACUUCAUCACCGUUCUGCUUUCCCUCAGCUCGACUGGACAUGAGGCGCUGCGACUUGGUCCAAUUUGUUACUUCGUUGACACGAGGUGAUGGCGAUGAUGUCCUCAUUAGCUUCGGCAUUAAUGACUGCGAUUCGGGGAUUGUGGCGUUACCUGCUGAUCUCAUCGUGGCGUUUUCAUUGGGAUGCUCGGACCGGAAGGUGCGGUCCACGACCCUCAGACAUACUCACGAGGCGGCGGCUCAAAUUAGACAGAAGGAGGAGCGCUGGAACGCUACGUUAGGUAUGAAGUGGAGCGCGCUGAUGCGGCCCGACCCCCCUGCGAAGCCCGGAGCAGUCUCGAGCAUCUACGACUGCAAAGGGACGCACGAGAACUGCCCCGAGAAUCUGGUGAGUCCCCUCUUCAAAGGUCCCUGCGACCGACGGGGCAACUACUGCGCGAGCUCCCGCGAGCCGCUGCCCGAUCAUGCUAGCUUCUAGUGUUGUGUAAUGUGAAUUAGUCAG